AUGGCCGCGCAAUCCGCCGCACAACCACCGCCCUACCUCGCACGGCACCUCGAUCCCCCGAACGGCCACCCGCCGCCCCCGAACACCGACAACCACCCUCCCUCCUACCCGUCCUACACGCCGGACCUUGCCCUCUCCUCGUCCCUCCUCGAGCCCCGUAUCGCCGUCGUCCUCAACAUCCCGAAGCCAUGGCGCCCCUGGCUCUUCGCCUGCCGGCUGCUCUCCAUCUUCCCGGCCAUCUUUUGGGCCCUGCAGCCCGCAUUGACGCUGCUGGUACAGAUCAUACCCGUCGCCGUCCCCGGCGGUAAGAAGGCCGUCGACGCCGCCGCGGCCUCGGGGGUGGGUGUGGGUGUUGGAAUGGGCGGGUUCGCUGGGAGCACGUGUCCACCGCCGAAUUGGCCGCCGGGGCACCCCGAGAUACCGUUCCCGUGGACCGAGAUGUCCUUGGGGCUCAUGCUUAUCAACUACACCCCGCAAGCAACCAUCAUCCGCCUCCUAACCAUAAACUCCACAAACGCCUUCCUCACCGAACGGAUCCUGACUUUCUCCGGCGGUUUCGAGGACCCCAGACUCCUCCUCCCGGGCUGGGUCACCAUAGCGACGACCCUCACGAUAGCCUACCACAUAACCCAACGGAGCAUAAAUAUCCAGAAAGAGACCUCCACCUCCAUCAACAUCUUCUCCAUAGCCAGCUUCAUCAGCAUGAUCUCCCUCCUCGCCCACCUCCACUACAACGGCUCAGAUUACCCCCAGAAGCCCUUCGAGUCGCUUGCCCGUCUGCUGUUCGAGCAGGUCCGGCGCCUCACCGGCGACGCCGUGCUGCCUUCGUAUACACCUUCGCAUAGCGAGUUAUAG